CGUUCAAAAUUCCCAAAUAUAUUCCGUCCGCAACUUGGCUUCACCCUUCUUCUCAUAUUCCGUGCUAUCCCUCCUUCCCUACGCGCACAGGAUUCCCUCGCAGCCCUAAUCCUACAAAAGGCUUUCGUCUUCCUCCUCAGAUCCCAUUCGAGGGCGAAAAAAGCAAAAAUGUCCAAGCCCUGGGGCGUAGUCGGCGCCUGGGCUCUUGAGGCGGAGCGCGCCGAGGCGGAGGAGCGCGAGCGUGCUGAUGGUGCGUCCGGUUCCUUAUCUGGGGGCUCCACUCUCCUCGCCGGCCAGCCGUCCCAGAGCUUCCCUAGCCUCAAAGAGGCGGUCACAAAGCCGAAAAAGAAGAAAGGUGUCUCUCUCACGCUUUCCGAGUUCACCACAGGCAACUAUGUCGGCCCCGGAGGCGCUCGCCGAGAGCCGUCCUUCGAGUCCAAGGGACUCACCCACGAUGAGAUGAUCCGCCUCCCAACUGGUCCCCGGGAACGCACAGCCGAGGAACUUGAGCACUCCCGCCUUGGUGGAGGCUUUCGCUCCUAUGGCUAUGGCGGCAGCGGCGGUGGCGUUCCUCCUCGUCGCCGGUCGGAGUUUGGCAUGGAUGAUGAGCCAAGGAGGGGUGCGUCAAUUUCGAGGGCCACCGAUCCCGAUCUGCCCUCGAGGGCAGAUGAGGUGGAUAACUGGGCCACGUCGAAGAAAUUUACUCCUUCUAUGGAUUCCGGCCGGCAAGAGCGCUAUGGAUCUCUUGCGAGCGGAGGAUCAUCUAAGGCUGAUGAUGUCGAUAAUUGGUCUUUGGGGAAGAAAUCGAGUGCUCCUCCUCCUUCAAGGAAUUCUGGAUUUGGAUCGGGAUUCAGGGACUCUCCUGUUCCUGGUGCGGAUUCUGAUCGCUGGGUUAGAGGAGGCAAGGGGUCUUUUUCCAGCAAUGGGGAGCGAGAAAGACCCAGACUCAUCCUUGAUCCUCCAAAAAGAGAUUCAGGAUCCCAGUCGGAGUCAGUUCGGAGCCGACCAAGUCCUUUUGGAGCAGCGAGGCCAAGGGAAGAGGUUUUGGCUGAGAAGGGUAUGGAUUGGAGGAAAAUGGAAACUGAAAUUGAGGAUAAAAAAUCUGCGAGGCCCACGAGUUCUCAUUCUAGCCGGCCAUCCAGUGCGCAGUCGAGCAGGCCUGGGAGCCCAAUUUCACAGAUAUCUGGAGAAGGUGGAGCUGCAAAGUCUCGACCUAAGGUGAAUCCCUUUGGUGAUGCAAAGCCUCGAGAGGUUCUUUUGGAAGAGAAGGGGAUGGAUUGGAGGAAGAUUGAUCUGGAGCUGGAGCAUCGCAGUGUUGAAAGGCCUCUUACAGAUGAAGAAAAGAUGCUCAAGGAAGAGAUUGAUCAUUUAAAGAAGCAACUUGCCUACGAAACUGAUAACAAAGUUAAUUCUGAUUCUGCACCUAUUUCUACCGAACAAGUAAGGAGUUUGCAUGAGCUGAUAAGGGAAAAGGAGAAAGAGUUAGACCAGCUUGUGUCUUUGUUGGAUGACAAGGUUCGGUUUGGUCAGAAGGCCUCCACAGAUGGCAGGCCUGGUUCUGGAUCAGGUAGGACGGCCUUCUCUGCAGAUAGGGCCCCGUCUCAGUCCACCAUCUCAGAUGAUUCGAGAAACAUCGAGUUUAUGGAUCGGCCUCGAUCACGAGGGAGGAGCGAUUCAUGGAGCAGGCCCAUGGAUGACCGACGGGGGUUCUCACGGAGCAGGGAUUCGGGUUUUCUUGCCAGCAGAAAUGUGGACAGGCCAAUAUCUCGGGAAAGAUGGUGAAAGUUGCUUUUUUGGACCCAUUAUUUCUUUAUUUUGAGUUUUGACCUCCCCUU